AUAAGAAGGAACAGUCAGUACGCGAAGGCAACGGUAAAAUCAUCGGUGCCGCGAGAGUCGGUAAAAUCUACCCUCCCACCCAAGAAGAGAAGACCUGCGCGUCCCAUCUCAUACGUUUUAUAGCUUUCUGCUUGGCUCAAGGAUAUUAAUUAGAAUUGUUUAUCAUGGCACCUAAUAUUUCUGUGAAUACUGGGAAUGUAACCUUAGAUGAGAAGAUCAAAGAAUGGUUACUUUGGAAUAAGGAUCCAAAAGCUGCAGAAGAAGUUCAGAAUUAUAUUGAUAAUGGAGAUAUUAAAAAAUUAUCCCAUUUAUUUCUUAAAAGACUGGAAUUUGGUACUGCUGGCCUUAGAGGCAGAAUGGGACCUGGUUAUAGUCAGAUGAAUGAUUUAGUUAUUGUGCAAACAAGUCAAGGUCUUACAAAAUAUCUUUUGGACACAAUUUUUGAUGUUCAAGAUAAGGGUGUUAUUUUGGGAUAUGAUGGUCGUUAUAAUAGCAAAAGGUUUGCAGAACUAACAGCUGUGAUUCUCAUAAACAAUAACAUUAAGGUUUACAUGUACUCCACUGUUUGUCCUACUCCAUUUAUUCCAUAUGGAGUAUUAACAUUCAAUUGUGCUGCUGGCAUAAUGAUCACAGCUUCGCACAAUCCUAAGGAAGAUAAUGGAUACAAGGUUUAUUGGCAGAAUGGAGCUCAAAUUAUUCCACCACAUGACAAAGGAAUACAAAAAAGCAUUUUAGCAAAUCUUGUACCUUUAGAUGCAUCUUGGGAUGUAUCAAAAAUUUAUGAUAGCCCACUUUAUAAAGAUCCUCUGAAAGAAAUUAUGCGCUCAUACUAUGCAGUAUUGAAAGACGAUGUUUUAUAUCCAGAAGUCAAUAGAAAUACGAUAUUAAAGUUUACGUACACUGCAAUGCACGGUGUAGGAUAUAAUUAUAUGGUAGCAGCUUUUGAAGCUGCUAACUUUAAGCCAUUUAUAGUAGUUGAAGAACAAAAAAAUCCAGAUCCAGAAUUUCCUACAGUUAAAUUUCCUAAUCCUGAAGAAGGAAAGAGUGCAUUAGAUCUUAGUAUAAAAACAGCUAAUUUAAAUGAAUCUACUAUAAUUCUGGCCAACGAUCCAGAUGCGGAUCGACUAGCUUGUGCGGUAAAAUCCAAAAAUGGAGAUUGGCGAGUAUUUACUGGCAACGAAUUGGGUGCAUUAUUAGGUUGGUGGAUGUUACAUGUUUAUCAAGUUCGGCAUCCCGAUGCCGACCUUAGUAACACGUACAUGCUUGCAUCCACGGUUUCCAGUAAAAUAUUAUCUUCAAUGGCUAAGAAGGAUGGCUUCCAAUAUGAGGAGACUUUAACGGGUUUCAAGUGGAUGGGCAAUAAGGCUACGGAAUUGAUACAGAACGGUAAAGAUGUUAUAUUUGCUUAUGAAGAGGCUAUAGGUUUUAUGUGCAGUUCAAAUGUCCUUGAUAAGGAUGGCAUUAGUGCUGGAGUGCGUGUGGCCGAAAUGGCAGCUUACCUUGAAACUAUGGGCCUUACACUUAUUGAUAAACUGGACGAACUAUACGCGGAAUAUGGUCAUCACAUCAGCGAUAAUUCUUAUUGGAUUUGUCACGAGCCGGAAACGAUUAAAGCCAUUUUUGAACGUUUAAGAAACCACAAUGGAAAACCUAAUUCGUAUCCAACCAGCAUUAUCGGAGGAAAAUAUCCAAUAAUCGGAGUGAGAGACUUAACGACUGGCUAUGACAAUACUAAGCCUGGUAACAAAGCGAUUUUGCCUGUAUCCAAAUCCUGUCAGAUGAUUACCUUUACGUUCAAGAAUGGUUUGGUUACCACAUUACGGACUAGCGGCACGGAACCAAAAAUUAAAUAUUACAGCGAGCUAUGUGCAUCUCCUGAACAACAAAAUCUGAAUGAACUAAAAGGAAUAUUGAGCGAGAUGGUUUCGGCUAUCGUUACGGAAUUCCUUCAACCUGAAGUAAACGGACUUAUACCUCGUAGUUCUUAAUAUCUGUAAUGUUUUCUUUUGAUACAGAAUAGUUGUAGAGAAAAAAUCCAGCUGCUGGUCUCUUGGUAGUUUUAUAAUCAGUGCGUACCACUUAGAAAUUCGUAAUUCAUAUUACAAACUCAUUACUAAAUUGUAUCAUUCUGUUCUAGUCAUCGCAUUAUUCCUUUAGAAUAUUUUUGAGAAAUGUCAAGAAUACAAUUCAAUUCUAUCAUCAUUCUCUAACUGUCACAACUAACUGUUAAUAAAUUCUCAUACUAAUCGUUUGAUUCGUAAUGAUCGUCAUUAUUUAGCACUUAUCAUUUGCGUUUAAAAAAAUGUUCAUUAGAAGCGUUCCUCAUGCAUAUUGUUUCGAAGAAAAUUACGUCAUUCCAAUUUGUACUAUCAAAAAUAUUAUUUUUCAUUAUAAAAUACAUAUCUAUUAUAGGAUAAAACAAUGUUUAUCUGUUUGGAUGUUAUGUACAAUACAAUUAAUAAAUUGUAUCUGAAAUCAAA